CACGUUUCUGUCAAGUGAUUCAUUUAUCCGGAAUAUAAAGCAAUAGUAUCGCGUGCCUUGACCUCGAAGUCAAGCUAAGCCGUGGGUUACUUUACAGUACCAGAUUUGUCUUUCGUUGGUGCAAAAUCGUGGUAAAAAUGGUGUCCGAGUCCGAACGGACUUUCCUGGGUCUAGAUUUAAGUACCCAACAGCUCAAAGCCGCUGUUGUCAACAACAGCCUCCAAAUUAUCCAUGAAGCUUCCGUCAUGUUCGACAGCGAUUUACCAGAAUUUCGCACACAUGGUGGUGUCCAAAUCGACAAAACCAACCCUAGUGUUAUCACAGCACCCACCAUAAUGUGGGUUAAGGCCUUAGACAUGCUUCUGGAUAAACUAACAGUCGCUGGAGUCGAUUUUUCGAAAAUCGCUGCCAUUUCAGGCUCCGCGCAACAACACGGUUCGGUCUAUUGGCAAAAAGGCUCCGAAAAACUCCUCUCAAAUUUAAACCCGAGCGAAUUUUUGCACCAACAAUUAGCCUCAAGCUUCACAAUUGCAAACAGCCCAGUCUGGAUGGAUUCCAGUACGAGCAAACAGUGCAAAGAGCUCGAAGAUGCAGUCGGAGGGCCUCAAAAACUUGCCGAAAUUACGGGCUCUCGGGGCUACGAAAGAUUCACUGGGCCCCAAAUUGCCAAAAUAAAGCAAACGAGGCCCGAGGCUUACAAAAACAGCGAACGAAUUUCCCUAGUUAGUAGCUUCCUGUGUUCACUUUUCUUGGGCAAAAUCGCCCCAAUUGAUUUUACGGACGGCUCAGGGAUGAAUCUCAUGGAUAUUAAAACAAAAAAAUGGCAUGCGGACUUGUUGCAAGUGAUUGGACCUGAUUUAGAAGAAAAAUUAGGUGGUUUAGUAGCAUCGAACGCCAAUGUUGGUCCAAUCUCGCCGUAUUUUGUUGAAAGGUAUAGUUUUGACCCGAAUUGUCGGAUUAUUGCGUGUACUGGGGACAAUCCCGCGUCGCUUGUCGGUAUGAGACUAAAUGAAGGCUGGUUAGCUGUGAGUUUGGGCACAAGUGAUGUGCUUUUUGUAUGGUUGGAAGAGCCCAAAAUUGUGCUAAACGGCCACAUUUUGUGUAAUCCAGUCGAUUCGAAUGCCUAUAUGGCUAUGCUGGGUUUUAAAAACGGGUCUUUGACGCGAGAAAGAAUCAGAAAUGCGUGUGCUGAGUCAAAUUGGGACAUUUUCAACCAAUUAUUAGACAGUACACCACGUGGAAAUUUCGGAAAUAUGGGAUUGUACUACGACGUCCAGGAGAUCCUACCGUUUUUGUCCGGCGAUUACAGGUUUAAUAAAGCCAAUGAACGAGUGACAAGAUUUACAAGUUUGGAAGUCGAAGUCCGGGCUUUGAUUGAAGGACAGUUUAUCGCAAGACGGGCUUACGUCGAAGACAUUGGAUUUAAAUUGGACAAAGAAACGAAGAUUCUAGCAACGGGAGGUGCUUCCAAUAAUAAAGCAAUUCUUCAAGUGCUUUCGGACGUCUUCAACGCACCUGUUUACCUCCUAGACGAAUCGAAGUCGGCCAUGUUGGGGGCCGCUUAUCAAGCGAAACACGGACUUUUGGGCUCUCAAAGUAACUACUUUGAGAUUACGUCAUGUCUCCCCCCACCACGACUCAUUUGUCAACCAUAUUCCGACGCUAGUGAGAUCUACGAACCAAUGGUUGCGCGAUAUAGAAAGUUGGAGGCUAUGCUUUUAGGAAAUAAAGUCUGAAUAUACGUAAUAAAUAUACCAUUCUAGUGAUAAUUUAUUUGAAUUCUUGAUUAAAUACACUUUAUUUUUUGCGA